UGUGUGACCAAAGAGAUGAUGCAUUUUAGGACUUUACACUCAGGUUCAAGUUAAGUCAGUACAUCAAUCUCCAAUGAAGCCAAUAUUUGAUCAAAAAAAAAAAGCCCACGAUUGAUUUAUUGGGCUGCAUGAUCAAGCGUGCGUCUAGAAGCAAAUAUCCAUAUUUUCUUCAAAUAAAGUAGGAAGAAAACAUUUUCUUCAAGUAUCAUCCAAUAUUGAGACAGGUCUUCACGUGCACUACAAUGUCCAGCUUAGAAGAAAUAUCCUGCAUAUUGCUUUCAAGCAAAAGCUUCAUAAAUAUUUUAUUUGUAUCAUUUUGCUCUAUAAAGGCCCAGCUUUGUCCCCUUUAGUUUCUUCCGCACCAUGCAGUAGGAAGAAUCCAAGCCAAAAGCAAAAAAAAAAAAAAAAAAAAACUUUUCUUAGACCGGUUAGUACGUUUAGCUUAUCAUCAUCGUGUUUAUUUUUUCAGGAAUUCCUUCUCGAUUUUUCUCUGUAGGUUUGAACGUUACAGUUAACAAGGCGACAUGAGGAAAAGAAUCAGUGCUCGUUUCAGAAAAUUUAUUUCUUGCACUGCAGCUGCAUCUGGAGCAAGCAAUAAUACUACUCCGCCCGACCCAGCCGGUGUGGACUUGCGCGAGGAAUAUUCAAAUGCCUUUCGUACAGAGUCUUACGUUGAGUUUUGGGCACGCGUCUUCUCCCUAUCCAAUGCUGAUUCUACCAUUCCAACCACUGCAGCUCGGCUCCCAUCCUACCGCCUCUUUGCCGAACACCUCCUCGACCCGGACCAACCCACCGUCACCCGUAUCCUUGCUUCGGCCCGUAUUCAACCCCCUUACCAAUCCAUUUUAUCCGAUUAUUUUAUCCAAACCGCCGAUGCUUCUCUCCUAUGUGGCCUGCUAUUGAAAGAUAUUGACCGUACACGUGUCAUACACCGCUCUCUUAGAGCAACUACUCUUUUGACCCGGGCCGACUUCACCAACCCGUUUGUUUCAACCGCAACAUCGCCCACUCGGGUUCGGGCUAUUCAAUCCAAUUGCCUCGGAUUGUUGAAACAACUCGAGUCAAGCCGUGACAAGGCUCAAGUCAAGCUUCGGCUUGUAAAUAGAUUAGAACGUGGCUCGGCUGUUUUUCUCGUGGCGUUGACGGCUUCACUCGUUGUAAUAGUCGCAGCUCAUGUUAUAACUUUACUCGUGGCCAUGCCGGCUCUUAUGGUGGCUUCACUAGAGUUGGUUUCCGCAAGGGGGCUAGCUCGUGCGAUGGCUCAGCUCGAUGCAGCCGCUAAGGGGACUUACAUAUUGAAUAGGGAUUUGGACACAAUAAGCCAGCAAGUGGCGAGGCUGAAUGACGAGCUGGAACACAUGCGAGCAAUGGUUAAGUUCUGGAUUGAGAGAAAAGAGGACAAGCAGCUUCAAGCCAAUGAAGAAGUGGCGCGACAAUUGAAGAAGAAUGAUUGCAGCUUUAGGGAGCAGCUGGAUGAACUAGAGGAACAUUUGUAUCUGUGUUUCAUGACCAUAAACAGGGCUAGAAACCUGGUAGUAAAAGAGAUCAUGCAGCAGCCCAGAUGAUCAGUUUGAACACUUUGUUCUUUGUUUGACAGUUUCAAAACUUUCUUACAGUACACUGACAUUAAUUAUAUAGAAGUACUAUAGUCAUAAAAAUAUCUCGUAAAAGUAAAUUUACAAAUUGACAUGGUUUCAUAUGAUAUGUUAGAUUUAUUUUACAAUAAAAAUAACUUACCACGUCAAAUCACGUCAAUUUAUUAGUUUACUUUUUAUGAGCACUAUUUAUUACUAAAACAUUUAUCUUAAUCAUAUUAUGCUUUGACACUUGGAAACUUUUCUUUCUUACACUUGCUUUUAUCUUUCAUUCACCCCAUUAUUUUUUAAGAGCAGGAUGACAUGUUUUUUAGUUAGAUGUGAUCCAGGUGGUAUUCUAUUAGUUAGAAAUCUUUCAUUGGCUUAGACUUAUAAAAAAAAAGUUAGAAAUCAGACCAGAAAAAAGCUUCAUGUGCUCCCUUAAAGCGAGCUGAAGUAUAGCUUAAACCUUGGAUUUGUUAGAAAAUUCAAUGAAUGAGAAUAUACAACAUGAGAUGAGAAUAUAGACACUGCUAACAUUGAACACCUCCUUCAUAUUUAUAGGGUGCGGAUGAACUACUUUUGACAUAUUAGAAUCCAGUGAGAGGAGUACUAUUGGGCUUUAUUUUUGCUUAUCUGUUCUGUCAUUGUACUUCACCACUUCGUGAUGGGUAUUUAUAUCAUUAUUCCUUUCGGUCUUUGGGUUUAUUCACUUGCAUAUGAGCAUGUGAAGACUGUGAUCAAGUUGGUCAAUUUUGGAAAUCAAAUAUCAAGGAUAACAGAAGCGAUGUGGAAAUUCUUGAUCAGUUUGCAGUUGGAACUAUGAGCCUUUGGUAGAGCGUGGAGCUGUGCAGUGGGGAAGCUGGUUGCUGGUUUCGAUACAGUGGGCUACACGAUUUCUCCUCUUUCUAUUUUCAAUCUCCUGUGUUUUGGUCUAUGCAUGGUGUUCAUUCCACAAUUUCUUACGUGUCGCAUUGGGAUUGGAGGGCUGGUUUUCUUAUAAAACCAGAUGGGCGGUUUAGAAGCGUUUCCCUACAUUUAUAUAGGGUAAUAAAACACGACCUGUCGCUGAAAUCAGAGACAUGUUGUUGAGAAACUGCCGUUGAUUAAAGUUUCAGGAACGUACAAUUAACGCAACGCAUGAAGGUUGUCAUUAUGGGUGUGGCUUUGGUGAGGAAUGAGUAAGAUCACUACGAGCAGUGUUUCAAACCCACCAAACAUAAAAAAGUCUAUUGUAAAUGGUAAAUGUGCUCAUAAUAGUAGUUGCGAGCCACCUCAAACCUAUGUUUCCUUUAUCCUUACCUUGAAAAUAAUGUUGUUCCUCUAGCUAAUUAUUUAGAGAGAGAGAGAGAGAGAGAGAGUGUGUGUGUGUAGCUUGUUAACUAGGUCUUAUAAUUAACACUCAAUGGGCAACAAUUAUGACCCAAAAUUU